AUGGCUCCAUCGGUUGAUAUCUCCCCACAAUCCACAGUCGUCGACACAGCUGGUAUUGAUCUUUCUCUAAAAGGUCAAACGGGUCCACGGUACAUCCGAGAGCCUUUGAAAUACUCUGGCUCUCUGGAUGAAUAUAAGAGCUUCGAUGUCACACCGAUCAUAGGUCGGGAGUUCUCUGAUGUUCAGCUGACGGAUAUAUUAAAUGACGAUCAGAAGCUUCGAGACCUUGCUGUUACUGUGUCUCGUCGUGGUGUUGUCUUUUUUCGAAAACAAGAACUGAACUCCGACCAGCAAAAGAUUUUGGGACAGAAACUUGGUGAAUUGACAGGCAAACCAGCUACUUCUAAGCUACACCGCCAUGCUGUGAAUAACAGCAAGCGCAACAUAACGGUGAAUGAGGGGAAAUUGGAUGAUGAGAUCUCUGUCAUCUCUUCAGACAUUAGCCGCAAGCUCUAUGGCGACCGUUUUGCAGGUUUUUCGCGUCGUUUGGCGAGCGAGGGUUGGCAUGCUGACAUCACCUUCGAAAAUGUUCCGUCCGACUAUGCUAUUCUCAAGAUUACCGACUCUCCCGAGGACAACACGGGCGGUGAUACUCUAUGGGCUUCUGGAUAUGAAGUCUAUGAUAGAUUGUCGCCUCCAAUCCAGAAGCUUGCAGAUACCCUGAAGGCUGUUCAUCACCAGCCAAGAUUCAACGAAAUUGCAAAGCAACACGGUAUUGAUCUCAUCGAAGGUGACCGCGGAGCACCGGAAAAUACUGGUUAUGAAUUCAAGGCUACUCACCCUCUUGUCCGUACCAACCCUGUGACCGGCUGGAAGAGUUUGUUUGGAGCGGCUCACCAGGUUGAGCACGGCUGGAUUGAGGGUGUUACUCCACGCGAAAGUGAGAUCUUGAAGCAGUACUUCAAUCAACUGAUUGCCGAGAACCACGACCUUCAAGUGCGUUUUAAGUGGAACACCAAUGAUGUGGCCAUUUGGGACAACCGAUCGGUCUUCCAUACUGCAACAAAUGACUAUGAGGGCAAGCGUCAAGGUAACAGGGUCGUUUCGUUGGGCGAAAUCCCUUACUAUGAUCCUGCCUCUGUAUCGCGACGGGAAGCCUUGGAAGCGGAGUCAAAAGCCAUCUGA